AAUAUUUUUUAUGGAAUAUCGUCACUAUUCUCAGAUAGUUUUCGAAUGGCUUUUCUUUUUAAAUAUAGAACAGCUCCUUCUAUUCUCUCUUUUUUUUUCUUCUUUGUUUUGACACAUUUUAUUACAUUUUCCUUUUUUAUAUUUUUUUCUGCAGCAUUUUUUCUAGUUUUUAUGUGUUCUUCCGAAGUCAAUAGUGUUGCUUUGCUCUUUUACGCACUUGAAUCAGUUUUUGUGGAAUAGCUGAUAUAUCCUGUAAAAUUCGAGAUAGGGUGUAGUCUGGAUUCUUACUGAACGAAGCCUCUUUCGGAGUACUCGGGUGUGAAACAUUAGACAUCGUGGCAGUUCUAACGAAAGAUUUUUAGCCACGAUUUCAGAGCUAUAUUUUGUUUCAUUUAUUAUUGGUUCAUAAGAACAACCUGGUAUAGGUUCCUUCUGAUUGUCCACAGCAGAUUUACAAUGUGAAAGCACUUGUGUAACAGAAGUAUUUGUCGAGUCAUCUGUAGAUUCUUGAAAAAACGCAUAAUCUGGCACCACUUCUGGGUUAAGGGGGUACACUCCAGUUCCUUUAAAACCAGCAAUUGCAUUUUCCGACGAUGCUGCUUUUCCCCAAGCCCUGUUAAGCCAAACUCCGAAAGAAAGUCUCGAUAUUCGACGUCCUGGGUUGUGGAUUAACCAAAGUCUAGACCAGGGAUCGGCAACCUGUUUGUCCUUAAGGGCGCACUACUAAAUUUGAAAAUCACCGAGGGCGCAUAUUUUACAGAUAAUCAACAGGUAUCAAUGGGCAUUAAAAAAACCGAUUUUUUAUAACUUUAUUUUGUUGGUGUCAUACAUAAUGAUACAUAUAAUUCAGUGUGAAACUUGGGUGUCCAUAUUUUCAGCUAAUUUCUUAUAAUUGGGGAUAUAUUUAGAGUUCCCGGUCCUUAAACAAUUAGAUAUCUAAAUAUGAGUCAUUAAGCUUUGUUCGGUAUUGAAAGAAAAUAAUUAUUUCGGAUUACUUGGUAGUUUUAAAUGCACGGUCUACGCGUGGUCUAUUCGAAAUACGAUCAUACACUAACAAAAAAUACGUCCGUGUUAUUAGAUACGCACAAGGUUAGCUAACUGCUAAUCUAUGCAGAAUCCUAAACUCAACUGACUACUUCCUGUAUAUCGCCGUUUGACAAGAGUAAGUAAAUCGCUGUGGCUGUCAUACAUACAUUUACAUUAGUCCAGCGAGGGCGCAUUAAAAAUCGAUCGGGGGCGCCAUGGCGCCCGCGGGCUCCGCGUUGCCGACCCCCUGGUCUAGACUGUUCAUAGAAUUUGCCGCAACUAGACAAGUUCACGAUUGCACGUAUUCUUUCUGAAUUAACGGCCGGUAUAAAACCUCAAGACCCGUGGAACAAGCAUCAGUCCUGCCUGGAUCUUUGCUGCUGUCCACCACCCCGUCGUUUCAAUUUUACAUCAUGGCCUUUUUAUUUAAGAUAUUUGUCGCGAUCCUGUUAGCAACUCCAGCCUUCACUGGAAAAACGGGAGGUUAUUCCUAUAACCGGUUCAGUGGGCCUGUCAGCGGUCAGAUCGUCGAAGUCCAAGUACCGGCGGCUGAAGGCAUUCCGGCUCAACAACACGCAGAUUACGGAUACGAUCAUAAUUCAGGGAAAAUACACCCGGACACCGCCAAAUAUGCACAUUUGAAGACCGUAGAUUACGUGGCCAAGCCGGACUACACAUACGCUUAUGGCGUAGAAGAUCCUCACACAGGAAACCUCCAGAACCACAAGGAACAGCGUGACGGCGACGUCGUGCGUGGAGAAUAUUCGCUGGUUGAGCCCGACGGUUCCGUUAGACUGGUUAGGUAUACAGCAGACCCGAAGAACGGUUUCCAAGCUGUAGUACACAAAAAGGCCGGAGGUCAAGCUCAAGCGCCCGUACAUUACGGACAUCCGAAACAAGACGAAGAUGACUCCAACGACUACUAGUCUUAUAAAACAUUUAAAUAGUACAUAGUAUCGAUGUUGACUUAUUUAUUAUUGUUAUCCUUUAUUAAAUCGUUGGAAAAGAAAAAA